AUGGAGAACGAUGUCGGUCCUUCGCCUCGGCUAUGGCAAAUCUAUACCCAGUCUCAGACUAUCCCGCCUAACACAUACUCUUCGGUUUCGGGGCCUUCAGCAUCAAUAACGGCUACUGCUCCUCGUCGUGCUCUCAUGGAUAUCACGCCUCGUACGAUUAACAAGGACUUUGACUGCUCUCUGCCUCGCUCGUCAGCCAAACGCCGUCUUCCUUCCGUAUCUGGCGGUGUGCCUUUGACGCUGUCUGGCCGCCGUUCUCCAGAACCAACUCUGAAGAAAGAAAAUAUCAACACAUCUUCUGAACCGUCCGGUUUCAACUCGAAGCAAACCUUUGCCUCGAAGGUUCCUACCCGACCUCAGAACAAGACUCUUGCUUCGCCUAGAUCUACACCUCGACCGAUGUCUACUCUUUCGAAUGCUCCAAGCCGACUCUCUUACGCUGCAACUAUCAGUUCUUCUAUAGCAAUACCCAACGUCUCUUCUGACUCUAGCUCUGAUGAUGGUUCCGGUUCCGCCUGGCAUCGCCCAACUACCUUCGUCACUCCUCCCUCGUCUCUCAGCAGAACCUGCCCAUUCACCGACACGAAACAGAAUAGCCCAACAUUCCAAAUCGCGAGAAUGGGCAUCGGAGAAGGAGACGAACGAUCUUUUGCCGAUAUCUUCUCGGACAGCUGGGACGACAGCUCUAUCGUCACUGGUCAAAGCGUCAUCGGUCGUGGUUCUCAAGCUGCAUCGUCUACCGUUCAGCCUCGUUCUCGUAUUGCUGCUAGUGCUGUCCUAGGUCGCGGUACAUAUCAGAGCGGGGUGGCCAGGCAUAUACCUAUACCAGUGUCAGCCACAACCGUGACUUCGCGUAGCACUGCUCUUGCUUUGACUGCACCUCAUGGUACUCCUGCGGAUAUCUUCGACCAGCCCUCGUACGCUACUCAGCUAGACUCGAACUGGACGUUGUCGGCGGCCACCGACGGAUCUGGAGGUUGUGAUAGCAGACACGAGCUAGCGAAUAAGACAGACAGCGAAGACGACUACGAAGACCCCUUUGUCUUCGACAGCAACCCUCAUCUCGUGCUUGUGGCCAGUCAGUCUCGUACUCAGCCCCUCUCGAACCUCCCUCACACCACCCCACCGUCCAAUGCUUCGUUCACUAUUAUCGCGCCUAAGGACCUGUCAUCUUCGCCGCCUUCGCCACCACCGUCACCACCGUCUCGUACUUCGCGGUUUCGUUCUGGGACUGUUCAUCGGGAGGACAGGCCUAAGCCUGUCGCACGCUCGCGGUUCAGUAUAACUCCGAUCGAGGCUCCGAAGCCGGGGUCUGGGUGCGAGCAGGAUACAUUCAGGAGGUUCAGUCUUAGGCGUAUGACGAGGGUGGACGGUCGAACCGUAUUCGUUCAGGAUAUCGGGGAUGAAGUUGUCGGAGAUGAGCACCAGGAGGGUGGUGGCGGUGGCGAAGGUGGAGAGAGGAAAAGUGUAGGGAGGUGGAGAGUGCAGGUCGAUGCGGACGGCUUGCCGGAGGACAUGCUGCAGAUGUUGGACGAGUUGGAAGGGUUCGCGGAAGAUUUGAAGAACAUGAACGAGGGGGAUGUCGAUGCGAACGUUUCGCCCAGGAUAGCGGGCUCAGAUUUGGAGAAGGGUGAGGUCGGAGGAGCAAAGGAUGUGAUGGCGAAGGAGACGAUGACGGCCGUGCCCAAGAUCGUCGUGACGCAGUCUUUCCAGAGUAUGACGAACGCGGUAGAGCUCAAACUUCCGGAGUCGAGCACAAGUGGGAGCGUUGGUACGCUGGGAAGUAUCGGAGAGUCGUAUGCUAGCGUUUUGGAGGGUGUGUUGGAGCUUUGCGGUGCCUACGAAGUAGGCGGAGAUGACGCGCAGGAGGAUAGUAUGGCAAGCGAAUUCGAAAGUGACGACGAUGAGGUCGAGUCGGAGGAGGAGGGUGUUCCAAUUCCGAGAUUGGAUAAGGGGAAGUGGCGAGCAGUAGAGGAUGUGAUAGCCGUCCAGGAAGUACAUAUGGCGGAAGUGAUCAUCGAGGCAGUCGCAUCUCUUUCGUCAGAGGGGAGCUCGCUCAACUUUCCAUCCAAGGGCAGCUUUUCCUGCGUCUACCUCCCCGAUUUCUCUCCCGAGUUCCUUUGCGGUAGCUCCACGUCACUUGUCCUCCAGGAAGCUCAGGGUUAUCACUCUAAACCUCGUCCCGCACGACCCACCACGGUUUCUACCGCCAUCCCUACUCCUACGCGCAGGCGUUCCUUAAAGUUCUCCCUUUCUCGACGCAAGACAUCGAUUCCUACGCCUCUUCCUCAAGUCCCCUCCAUCUUACAGCGAAAUAACGAAACCCCUUCGGGCAGCUCCCAUGUCAAAUUCGCUACUUCCCAGAAGGUUGCUGAAGGAUACGGAAUCACUUCUCCGCCACUGAAACCCGUUCCUUCGUGCAUCGAUACGAAUGCUUCAUCAAGAUCGGAACGAAGCAAGUCUCCUUUUGCACUUUCUUAUGCUCCCCCAUCUGUUCCUGUCUCUGCACCUGCGACAGUCUCAACUUUCUCUUCGCCCACUUCUUCCACCACUCCUGUUCGCCGUGGAAGACUCAUACCGUCGAGAACGAAGACUAUGGACUCGGCCUUUUCCGCCACCUCAACCAUCGACUCGAAUUACCCGCUUCGCAAUCACGCAUUUCAUACACCCGCUAGCAAUCCGUCUACUCGACAGACUUAUUCCCCAUCUCGCGUACCUGCCUCCCCUCAACCUCAGUACGCCACCCAAACACUCGUCACCCAUAGUAACCCCACUCGGCUACCUCAACCUGCUGCAUCCGCUAGGACCGUGACUGGCCGGUUCUUCUCUGGGAUGGGCCAUACUAAUGGAAUUAAUGGUUCCCCGUCGUCGGUGAUUCCGGCUGCUCCAAAGUCUGCACCUGCAACAGCUACGACGUUCGGUUACAGUCCUCUAGCCGUCAACUCUGGUGCCGGCUCGGCUUCGAACACGCGGCCUCCAUCAUCAUCAGGAGUAAGGGGCUUCUUCAGUCGGAGACAUGAACAGAGAGCGACGUCGCUCUCAGAGCAUCGGCCUCUUCCCGCCCCCGCCAGUGCCGCGUCAUCGAAGAUUGGAAAGGCGAGGGCUAUGAGCAUGGGUGCGGGUGCGGGUGCGGGUGGGAAGAGCGUGUCUGGGAUGAAGGGGGCCUUACGAAGCACGGAUCAAGAUGCAAUGCCAGGAGGCGUUAUGGGUCAGGCGCAGACUCUCAGGCCAGGUUCGAGAACGGGGUCGAAGCUGCCGAGUGCGAAGGAGUUGCUGAAGAGAUUCGGAUAA